AUGCCCGGAUCGCCCGUUCGAGCUCCGCUUCCAAGUUCUACGAAUAGCAGCGUCUUCUCCGAGACCAUGUCUAUGCUUGCACCCAGUGUCGCUACCGUUGAGGCACCAGCGACUCACACCGCCUCCACCACCGCCGCAUCCUCUUCCGCCUCCUCCAACGCGACCACCUUCCAUCGUCUCUCCAGCUACGUGAAAUCUGACUACGAUGCCCUCCCCAGCCCCCCACCCCCGAAGAAACAACGCUGUCUGCCCGAGAUGGAUAUGCAGACUGCUGCGGUAACCACCACCACCUCCUUCGAACCCUUACCAUCGGCAGCUGGCCCAGUAUCGACAGCAACCCCUCUCGGUACUGUGCAAGCCAGUGGCGCAUCCUGUGAGCCGCACCCCUUUCAUCUAGAGGAAGAAACUACUGGCAACCACGCCAUUGACGAGGAAAACGCGAAAGAAAACGGUUCCAGUCAAAUGGAGAUGUCAUCCCACUUCAACCCCAUUCCCGAGUUCGAGUCCUCUGGCAGUAGUGAACAACGGUACAAGGGAGAAUUGAGUCCCACCAUGCCCAUAGUCACAAAAACUACCGGUAACAGCAGCCCCCUUUUGAAAACUGGAGAAAAAUUCGGUCAACUAAACAGUUCUGACCACCUAGCACAGCUCUUCUCAGCAAUUCAGUCACAUCAACAGGCCCUUCGUGCCACGCCACUGGGACCCUCUCCGACUGAAUCCCCC